GGCCGCUGGAUCGCUCACUCCAGCCUGAGCAGCAGACCAGAGCACAUUCCCAGCAGGAGAGAGAGAGAGAGCGUGGCACCAUGGCGACUCUGCGUGUAAUGGCACUGAUGGUUGUGCUGGUGGUGGUGGCACUCCCGACUGUCUUGGCUUUGUCUGUGUCCUGCACGGCGCCCUUCAAGGCUGUGGACAAGUGGUGUGUGGUCGCCAACAUCAGCGUGCCCGACGUGGCGCACACGUGGCUGGGAGCGAGAAGCGCCUGUCAGAGUAUAAAAGGAGACUUGAUCGUUCUGGACGAGCACGAGAAGAUGCGAGCCGUUACCGCCCACCUGAAGACUGAGCUUAGUGGAGACGAAACGUCGUUCCCCUUAUGGGUGGGCGGCAGAGGAGAUUCAGGCCAGUGGCGCUGGGUGGACGGCAGCCUCAUGAACUUGCAGUCCCACCUGUGGAUUCCAGACAGCCCGUACGAGACCUCAAACAAGGGAGUGUCCUACGCUAAGGUGAUCCAGGCAGGGCAGUGGAAAAGGAGGUACAUGGAAUCCACACCACCAGAAAGUAAUCUUCCUGGUUACAUCUGUGAGAAGUAGACAGAGGGGUGCUUAAAGAUAAAAGAUAAUGGUGAGGUUAGAGGGAGGAUGAUAUUAAGAAAACUACGUACAUAAAUUUGAAUGGUAAGAAAAAAGGAGGAUGGAAGUAAAUAAAGAGCUAUAUUUUGUGAGUAUUAGAUAGAGGAGGACGUAAAGAUAUGGUGUAAUUGUCACGUUAAGGUUGUAGAAGAGGGGGGUAGGGAAAACACCAAAAGCUGCAUAACUGAUUCUGAAGGGGGAGAAAAAAAGGAAAGGAAAGGAGAAAAGGAAAGAAUGCAAGAGAGGAUUAAGUGCGAAAAAUAAUUAGAAACUUUAUGUACUAUGUUUAAGAAGUACACGGAGCCAUUACAGA